CGGGGAGGUUCUAGUCUGUUCUGCCUCUCAGCAGCCGCCCCCUUUACGCGGUCACGCUGAGCUAGCCCGGGCUUGGGAUCGGGCUGCAGCCUCUGCCGCGCCCGCCGCCUACUGCUGCCUCCCGCCGCCUCCGGACCAUGGACCCCCGCAAAGUGAGCGAGCUUCGAGCCUUUGUGAAAAUGUGCAAGCAGGACCCAAGCGUUCUGCACACCGAGGAAAUGCGCUUCCUGAAGGAGUGGGUGGAGAGCAUGGGGGGUAAAAUACCACCUGCUACUCAUAAAACUAAAUUGGAAGAAAAUACCAAGGAAGAAAAAACAGAUAGUAGGAAGGCGGAGGAAAACAUAAAGACAGACGAACCAUCAAGUGAGGAGAGUGAUCUAGAAAUUGACAAUGAAGGUGUGAUUGAACCAGACACUGAUGCCCCUCAAGAAAUGGGAGAUGAAAAUGUAGAGAUAACUGAGGAGAUGAUGGAUCAGGCAAAUGAUAAAAAAGUGGCUGCCAUUGAUGCCCUAAAUGAUGGUGAACUACAGAAAGCCAUUGACUUGUUCACAGAUGCCAUCAAGCUAAAUCCUCGUUUGGCCAUUCUUUAUGCCAAGAGAGCGAGUGUCUUCAUCAAAUUACAGAAGCCAAAUGCUGCCAUCCGAGACUGUGACAGAGCUAUUGAAAUAAAUCCUGAUUCUGCUCAGCCAUACAAGUGGCGAGGGAAAGCACACAGACUUUUGGGCCAUUGGGAAGAAGCUGCCCAUGAUCUUGCCCUUGCCUGUAAGCUGGAUUAUGAUGAAGAUGCUAGUGCAAUGCUGAAAGAAGUUCAACCAAGGGCCCAGAAAAUUGCUGAACAUCGGAGAAAGUAUGAGCGAAAACGUGAAGAGCGAGAGAUCAAAGAAAGAAUAGAAAGAGUCAAGAAGGCUCGGGAAGAACAUGAGAGAGCCCAGAGGGAGGAAGAAGCCAGACGACAAUCAGGAGCUCAGUAUGGCUCUUUUCCAGGUGGCUUUCCUGGCGGAAUGCCUGGUAAUUUUCCUGGAGGAAUGCCUGGAAUGGGAGGGGGCAUGCCUGGAAUGGCAGGAAUGCCUGGGCUCAAUGAAAUUCUUAGUGAUCCAGAGGUUCUUGCAGCCAUGCAGGAUCCAGAAGUUAUGGUGGCCUUCCAGGAUGUGGCUCAGAACCCGGCAAAUAUGUCAAAAUAUCAGAGCAACCCAAAGGUUAUGAAUCUCAUCAGUAAAUUGUCGGCCAAAUUUGGAGGUCAAGCAUAAUGCCCUUCUGACAAAUAAAGCCCCUGCUGAAGAAAAAGCAACUUAGAUCACCUAAUGGAUGUCGCAAUAAUACAAACCAGUGUACCUCUGAUCUUCUCAUGAAGAAAGCUGGGGUGCUUUGAAGAUAAUCCCUACCCCUCUGCUCCAAAUGCAGCUGAAACAUUUUACAGUGGUUUGCCAUUAGGAUAUUCAUUCAGAUAAUGUUUUCUUACUAGAAAUUUAAAACUUUAAACAAUUUUUAAACCUUAAAAAUAUUUAAAACGAGGGUGUGUUAAUCCCUACAUUUUUCUUUACUAAUCAUUUUGGUUUUUUCCUUUGAAUUAGUUAGGCAAGGAAGAUACUUCAGUAUGGAAGAUUUAUUGUUCAAGUUUGAGUGAAAUAAAGAUUUAUUAGUGGGAAGCAAAUGUAACAUUUAAAUAGAUAAAGUUUGAGUUGGAUAUAUGGUCACUGAGGCAUUUUGAUUUGUCUUUUUAAUUGCUUUAUUAUUAUUUUUUUUAAUGAUUUGCUUCCAUGAAACUAUUGGGACCACCAGUCUUGCAGUAGGACCUGGGUAGGGACUGGAAGUACUUGGCAGGGCAGCAGUAAUCUUACUACAUUUUAUAUAAUGUGUACCCUUGUGCAGAUUAACUUAAAUCUUACACUGUGGUGAAAGGAUGAUUUUUAUACUGCUGCAGUAAAAUUGGAUUACUUCGCUCUGUUCUUGUCUGAUAUCUAAAAUAAAUGUUUCACAUUUCCACACAGGGGAAAUAAGGGAAUACUUUUCUUUUUGUAUUUCUAUGUUUAAAAUGUUCUUUUCAGAUCAGAAAAUGCCCAACUCUUUGUCUGCUUUCUCCUUGUUUUCACAUUUUUUUCAUCCUACUCUUCUUGGGGUAAAGAUGAUGCUUUUUCACUAGCGUCAUCACUGCUAUCAUCAUUCACAGCAUAAUUAUGCAAGCAUAUUUAACGCUGGGUUUAAUUUAAUAUGUAAUACAAAUAAUGGCUAUGUAGGGUAAUACCCAUAAUAGCUGUAGUUUCUUACUUGGCCAAGAGAUUUCAUAUUUAAGUGUUAGAUUUCCUCUUUGGUGAAAUCGUAACAUACCAAAAGAUGUUGGAAGAAGGGAUUCCCUUUGGUGUUUGGUCUCCUACUUAGGAAAUACCUAUUGCAGUUAGAGUUUAUCUUGUAGUAUUAAUUUUGGGAGAAGUUUGAAUUAAUUGAUACACAAAGAGGGGCAUCUAAAUUCCUAAUCCAGCAUGAACUAAAAAAAUUGAUGAGAUUCAUGGUGAUUCUUCUUUGUGGAGUUCUCAGCAUUGUGAAAGAUGCAUUGUUCUAUUCAGCUCUUAAAUACUGCAGCCAUGUCCCCACCUCUCCUUAUUCCUUCCCUGUCCUCCAAGGAUAAAGAAAAUGAUAAAUUUUUUGUUGUACAUCCAAUUCUUAUAUUAAAUGAGGCUAAGUCCAGGCACUGUACCAGGAAUUGCUAGGUUUCUACUUAUUUUUCAAUGUAAAGUGCUAGUUUAAAAGCAGUUUCAGGGGAUGAGACCCUCUGUACUUUGCUUAUUUGAAGAAUCAGUGGUAGGAGCAGUGAAGUAAAUUCCAUGGAGUACAUUUCUGAAAUCAUAAGUAAGUUGAUUCAAGUUUUUACCCUUUGCUGUAUGCAAGCAAAUAGAAAUGCAUCUGUUAAGUGAGAAAAAGCUGUAUGCUGAUUAUGCUUUUUAAACCCUUUAAAAAUACUCAGCAUAUAAACUUGA